UUCAGUCAACGAGAUGGACUCGGCAAAUUUAUUAGCAGUAGCCAGUCGGGCCACCAAAAAGAAAAAAGAAAACAAAGACUAUUCUUCAUAGUUCUCACCAGAAACGGAUUCAAUUCACAGAGGAAGAGAAAUGUGAAUCUGUUCCUGUUAACAGAAACCUGAAGGAAGAGAUUUCUAUGGAGGAUAAGAAAGCUCACGUAAUUGCUCUUUCGUUCAUCGUCUUCCUCAUCCUUCUCGUCAUUCUGGCUCGAGUCCUCCUGAAAUUGUCCAAGCCUUUUUAUCUUAUUUGCGGGAUCGAUGUGUCCCUCACCGCCGCUAUCCUGGUGUAUUUGGUGAUCAGAAGACGGUUCAACCGGAGAAGAAAACAGCUCGAGUCGCAGUUAGUUACUGAAGGUCGAGAGCUUCGGAUCGAGUACAGUUUCUUGAGGAAGGUCGCCGGAGUUCCGACGAAGUUCAAGUAUAAAGAGCUCGAGGAAGCGACGGACUAUUUCAGGGCGUUGAUAGGGCAAGGAUCGUCCGGAUCUGUCUUUAAAGGAGUUCUUAAAGACGGUACUGCGGUGGCUGUCAAGCGGAUCGAGGGCGAGAAUCGAGGAGAGAAAGAGUUCCGUGCGGAGGUAUCCGCCAUUGCUAGUGCUCAGCAUGUAAAUCUCGUUCGUCUGAUUGGCUACUGUAUCAAUUCAUCUGGACCUCGAUUUCUCGUCUACGAAUUCGUAUCGAACGGAUCCUUGGAUUGCUGGAUUUUCCCCAAAAAACCUAGGCACAAGAAUCGUAAUCGCCCUGGCGGUUGCUUAGCUUGGGAUAUGAGAUACAGAGUCGCCAUUGAUGUGGCCAAAGCUCUAGCCUACCUUCACCACGAUUGCCGAUCGAGAAUCUUACACCUCGAUGUCAAGCCGGAAAACAUCCUCGUAGACGAGAACUACAGAGCAAUCGUAUCGGAUUUCGGACUGUCAAAACUGAUGGGGAAAGACGAGAGCCGAAUAAUGAUAUCGAUGAGAGGGACGAAGGGGUAUUUGGCUCCGGAAUGGCUAUUGGAGAACGGAAUCUCAGAGAAAUCGGACAUAUACAGCUAUGGAAUGGUUCUUCUGGAACUAGUCGGCGGGCAGAGGAACGUGAGCGUAGUUGAGAACGGAGAGGACAGAUCCAAGAGGAAAUGGCAGUAUUUUCCCCGAAUCGUGAGUGCAAAAUUGAAGGAAGGGAAACUAAUGGAAGCCGUGGAUAAAAGACUCUUAGAAAUGGGAACGAUUGACGAGAGAGAGGUACGGAAACUAGUUUGCGUGGGUUUGUGGUGCAUUCAAGAGAAGGCUAAGCUUCGGCCGACGAUGGCAACGGUGGUGGAUAUGCUCGAAGGCCGCGUUCCAGUGGAGGAGCCGCCGGAUACUCAAAUGCUCGUCGUCGAUUUAUUGUCCGUUGAUGAAGAGAUGAUGAAUAGCCAUGAGAGGCCGAAGCUUGUUGCAUUUGGGGAACGGAUGAACGACACAGAUCGUCCUUCGUCGUCAUCGACGACGAACUCAUACGCCUUCUCUGUACUCAGCCCCCGGUGAGGUACGGCCGCCGGCCUCCCUUUGACUUCGGCGCCCUAAUCACAGCACCGAAGUUGCACACGUAUCGUCUUUUUGUUCUCAAUUUGUUUUAUUUUAUUUUGCAUUUUUCAUAAAAAUCGCAUAGAACUGACCAAUAUAUUUCGGAAGAAAACAUUCUUUCUUAUGCAACAGAUUUAGUUC